AUGCUCCCGCUAUGUUCUCCUCCCAUCCCUGUCUCCCCUUGGCUCUUACCAGGUGCCCCUCGCCCCGCAGCGCAUGCGCUGGCAGGUGAUGCUGCUGGAGCGGAAGCAGGGUUAGUAUGCACGACCCCCCACCCCAUGCUCCUGCCGAGUUCUCCUCGUGCCAUCUGUGUCUCCCUGCGACUCAAUCCAGCUGCCAUCAGCCCCUCGGUGCAUGCGCUGGCAGCUGACACUGCUGGAGCGGGAGCAAGGGUGGUGCCCCCUGCGCCGCGGCGCAUGAGGUGGCAGGUGACGGUGCUGGAGCGCGAGAGGGGGCGGUCGGUGAUGAACGGGCAGGAGGUGGCGCGCGUGGCACAUGCUCUCUUCCCCGAGAUGCCGCUGCUCAUCGCCCGGGUCGGCAAGGCCUCUGCCUCUGACCACGCUCUGCUGCUCAAGAACACCCUGGUGCUGAUAUCCCUGCACGGCACGCCGCUCACCACGGCACUCUUCAUGCCGCGCGGCUCAGUGGUGGUGGAGCUCUUCCCCUACAAGUUCCUCAGCACGCUCUACAAGAAGAUCGCCAUGCGCUCCGGCGUGCACUACCUCGCCUGGCGCAACAUCCAUGACAUCAGCGCCUUUUUCCGCAACUCGUGCAUGAAGGACGGGGGGUUCACGCACCUGCCCGAGGAGCAGUGCUGGAAUAUUCACGAAUGUGUGGCGUGCGCGCGUGAUCAGAGCAUUACGAGGGUAGAUCGGAGGGAGUUCAAGGAGGUUAUGGCCAAUGCGAGAAUGCUUGUCAGAACGCUUGUUUACAAUAAUACCGUGUAG